UACACUCGGAGGCGAAAAAAGUUGCCCCUGGUCAUGAAAAAAAGCUAUCGGAAGUAAGAGAGAGUCCAGAAAUCACCAAGAAAAAUCCAGAGGGCGGACAUUCCUUUAAGUCUGGAAUUCGCUUUUUAUCUCCCUAAGCAAGAUGGUUGUAUCGCUUGUACAAAGGGAGAACUUGUAGGCUAAAUCUUGCAGAUAUAGUCUAUUAAAGUUGUCGGAGUAUUCGCGGGUUUGCAGUGGACUAACUUGCCACCAGAAGGCUAAUUUACUCAAGGCGGCUGCGGAAGGAAGGUAAUCGGCGAUCAUUGCCCAGACCAGCACGGAGUACGACCAUGUCAACUGAAGAAAGAUAUAAGUUGGUGGUCGUGGGGGGUGGAGGUGUGGGGAAAAGCGCCCUGACUAUUCAGUUCAUUCAGUCAUACUUUGUGUCGGACUUCGGACUAUGCAUUGAAGACUCGUACACUAAAAUCUGCACCGUGGAUGGAAAGGAGACACGAUUAGACAUCCUCGACACAGCAGGGCAAGAAGAGUUUGGAGCGAUGAGAGAGCAGUACAUGCGCUCCGGAGAGGGUUUCUUACUGGUGUUUGCUCUUAAUGACAGUGGCAGUUAUGAUGAAAUUCAGAAAUUUCACACUCAAAUAUUGCGGGUGAAGGAUCGAGAUGACUUUCCUAUGGUUCUUGUUGGCAACAAAUCAGAUCUUGACCAGCAGAGAGUUAUCUCAAGAGAUGAGGCCAUGUCGUUUGCCCGGGAAAACAGGAUCCACUAUAUGGAAUCGUCAGCUAAGAACCGCCACAAUGUGGAUGAAGCCUUCAUGGAGGUUGUGCGAGCAAUAAGGAAGUUUCAGGAGACAGAGAGCCCACCGCUCCCCGCUAAUCACACGAGGAAGCAGAAGAGUGGUGGCUGUCCCUGCACCCUGCUCUGAUUGCCCCUCUGCACUGUUGCCUAGGAGACUGAAGCCCUCACUCUCACGCCUGGUGCCUUAUAUGUCUACACGGAGUGUGUGUGUGUGGCACUGUAUGCAUCAGUGUUUUAGUGGCUUUUACAGUAUGUAUGUAAGAACUGGUUUCCUAGAAGAAACUAGGCAAUAUCAAAUGAGAGCGAACCGUGAAUCUGUUGGAAAGAGGGAGUUCUUGUUUUGUCCACAUGUUUUAUUUAGUGCCUUGUAAAAUCAUGCUCUUGAUUUUAGAUUCAAGAACAGUAUUUGUUUAUUUCCACCACAGUAUGAGAUCGCAGACUGAUUGUGUACCACGAAAGAGAUUUCAAAAAAUUAUAUAAAAUCACCACUGAGGUGGUGAACAGUAGCGGCAAUGUAUAUUUAAACAACCACAUAAGCGAACAUAGGCGGUGCUGACAAAGCUUUUUGAUGGUUCUUAUGUCAUAUGUAUGUCAUAUAUUGGGUUACUGACUCAAAGAGAUAAGUCAGACAGUAUUUUAUUGGCCCAGUGCUCUGUUCAGCCUGUCUUCUCUCGGGAGAUUCAUUGAGUCAGUGAGACUGCACUGAAAUGGCUGUGCUAGUCUACACCUUGCUUCCCAUCAGUGGCAAGAAUAUAUUCAGCCAGCUUGUUUUCAUUAAUCUCUUCCUGAUAAAGCAAUGUGGGAUGACUGAGACGUGAUGUGGUUUUAAUAAUUGAGUAUUUUUAGUAGUGUCGAAACAAUGGGUC